AUGGCUCCUAAGGCAAAGAAAGGCAAGAAACAGCAAGAUGACUGGGAAGCCGAUCUAGGCGAGGAUGCAACUACUGCACAGACAAAUGGUGGUGAACCUGAGCCAAAUGUUGGGCCCGAGGAUGCUGCUGAGGAACAGGCAGGUAGUGGUGGCCUGCUUGCUGCAUUGAAGAAGAACAAGGAGAAGCGAAAGAAGAAGGGAAAGCAAGAAGACGAUUUUGUCGAGGGAGAGGAUCUUGCGGCCAUCGUCAAUGGAGAAGCACCCGCUAACACUAAUGGUGAUGCUCUUGCCGAGAAAGCGCCUGAGGAGGCCACCUUUGACGAUGACGAAGACAUCUUUGCUGGAAAUGCUAAGAAGGGCAAAGCCAACAAGAAGGGACCUGCUAAAGUUGUGGCGGAAGAAGACGAGAUUGACGACAACGAUUCCGUUGCUGAUGGUGCUGCUGGAGGUGGUGUGAAGAGCAAAAAGGAGAAAGAGAAAGAGAAGAAGGAACGAGAAAAGCAGCGAAAGAAGGAGCAGGCUGCAAAGAAGAAGUCUGCCACACCCGCACCCGAGCCGGCCGAGAAGAAGCCUGAACCAGCGAAGAAAGUUGAGGUCGAGAAGGUCGAAGAGCCAGUAUCUACAGCAGGUAAGGACGAUGGCAAGAAGAAGAAGAAGCUCAAUCCUGCUUUGGCAGCCCUGCAGAAGCAGCAAGAAGAGCUGAAGGCUCGCCGAGAAGAGGAAGAGCGUCUAGCUGCUGAAGAGAAAGCCGCGGCAGAGGAAAGACAACGACUUGAGGAGGAAGAGGAGAAGAGGCGGCAGGAGGCCAAGGAGGCUAAGAAGCAAAAGGAGAAAGAGAAGAAAGAGCAGCUCAAGAAAGAGGGCAAGUACAUGACUGAGGCCGAGAAGAAGAAAAAGAGGCUGCAAGAUCAGCGUAUGCAGCAGAUGCUCGCUUCUGGCGUCUCAGUCGCUGGACUUGGUGGAGCUGAGGUGGAGGAGAAGAAGAAGACUGCUGCUGCUGACCGACGCAAAAAGGGUCCAAAGAAGGAGGAGGUCGACCUCGAAGCUGCAGCAGAACGAGCGAGACAGGAGGCUGAGGCUGCUGCUGCCGAACGCGAGAAGAAGCGGAAGGAGGUUGAGGAGGCUGCCAAAGCCGCAGCAGAAGCCGAGGCAGCUGCCAAAGAGGAUGCACCCGAGGAGCUUGAGGACUGGGAGCAGAAGGCCGACGAAGAUGUCAAGGAUAGUUGGGAUGCCGAGACUGACGAUGAGGCAGCUGAGCCAGUCGAGAAGCAGGUCAAUGGCUACACAGCGAAGCCUGCAGCCACUAAUGGAGCGACCGCUAAGGCGGCUGCAGCAGAUACCAAGACCCUGGCAGUUCGCGAGAAACCAGUUGAUUCUGAGACCGAGAGCGAGGACGAGUCAUCGGAAGACGAAGCGCAGACAGCCGCUAAAAGAGCUGCAGCGAAGAGGAAGGCAGAGGCCAAACAGCGACGAGAUGAAGCCCACGAAGCCGCUCUUGCUGCUCGAAGCAAAGACAACCUUCGCUCGCCGAUUUGCUGUAUUCUUGGUCACGUCGAUACGGGCAAGACCAAAUUGCUUGAUAAGAUUCGACAAACGAAUGUGCAAGAGGGCGAAGCUGGUGGUAUCACCCAGCAAAUCGGUGCCACCUACUUUCCUCUUGAUGCAUUAAAGCAAAAGACUGCGGUGGUCAAUAAAGAUGAGAGCUUCGAGUUCAAAGUUCCUGGUCUUCUCAUCAUCGAUACACCAGGUCACGAGUCUUUCUCCAACCUACGUUCUCGUGGUUCGUCCCUUUGCAACAUUGCUAUCCUGGUCGUCGAUAUCAUGCACGGUCUUGAGCCUCAGACGCUUGAGUCAAUGAAACUGCUGCGAGACAGGAAAACUCCGUUCAUUGUCGCCCUCAACAAGAUCGAUCGUCUCUACGGCUGGAAGAAGAUCGACAACAAUGGCUUCCAAGAAUCGCUGGCUAUGCAGAACAAGGGCGUGCAAAACGAAUUCAAGGACAGGCUCGAGCGUACUAAACUUGCCUUUGCUGAGCAAGGUUUCAAUGCCGAGCUUUAUUAUGAGAACAAGAACAUGGCCAAAUACGUAUCGCUUGUGCCGACGUCAGCACAUACAGGAGAAGGUGUGCCAGACAUGCUCAAACUGAUUUGCAAGUUAACGCAAGAGCGUAUGACAGGCAGUCUUAUGUAUCUGUCCGAGGUCGAGGCUACCGUUCUUGAGGUCAAGGUUAUUGAGGGACUUGGCACCACAAUCGAUGUGGUUCUUUCUAACGGCAUCUUACGAGAAGGAGACCGCAUAGUUCUUUGUGGCCUGAACGGCGCGAUCACGACUAACAUCCGAGCUUUACUAACACCAGCACCACUCAGAGAAUUGCGGUUGAAGUCGCAAUAUGUGCACAACAAAGAGGUCAAAGCUGCGCUUGGUGUCAAGAUCGCAGCCAACGAGCUCGAAGGCGCUAUUGCUGGAUCUCGACUGAUGGUGGUCGGACCAGAAGAUGACGAGGAGGAGCUAGAAGACGAGGUUAUGGCCGACCUGCAAAACCUGCUCGGCAAGGUGUCCAAGGAUAACCGUGGUGUCAGUGUGCAAGCAUCGACUCUAGGUUCGCUCGAAGCUCUCCUGGAAUUUUUGAAGCAGUCGAAGAUUCCAGUAGCCAACAUUUCGAUUGGCCCCGUCUACAAACGAGAUGUCAUGAUGGCAGGUACAAUGUUGGAAAAAGCCAAGCAAUUCGCAGUAAUGCUUUGCUUCGAUGUCAAAGUUGACAAAGAAGCUGUAGCAUAUGCUGAAGAACAAGGCAUUAAGAUCUUCACAGCUGACAUUAUCUACCACUUGUUCGACGACUUCACCAAGCAUAUGGCACAGUUGAGGGAACAGAAGAAGGAGGAAAGCAAGCUUGAGGCUGUCUUCCCUUGUGUUCUCAACCCACUUCAAGUGUUCAACAAGAAAGACCCUAUUGUCAUUGGUCUGGACGUGAUCGACGGCACUCUCCGCCCUCUGACUCCGAUUGCGGUGGUGAAGAACAACCCCGUGACUAACGUCAAGGAAAUCAUCAGCCUUGGUAGAGUAACGUCGAUUGAACGGGAACACAAGGCCAUUCCACUAUGCAAAAGAGGUCAGCCAUCGGUUGCCGUCAAGAUCGAAGGACCUAAUCAGCCACUCUAUGGGCGUCAAAUCGAAGAGAAAGACACUCUGUAUUCACUCAUCUCACGCAAGUCGAUUGACACACUCAAGGAAUUCUACAGAGAUGACGUCUCGAAGGAGGAGUGGAACCUGAUCAAGAAGCUCAAGCCACUGUUCGAUAUUCCUUAG